CAAUGAUAGAAUCGCGCAUCGAUUGCAAACAUCAACAUCACAUUGACCUCAGCUAACCAACAUACAGGAUUUUGUCUGCCUAUCUGUUUUCUUAUGCGGACUGCGUCUGGAAUUCUUGCUACUUCAACGACAGUUGAGCUGUGCUUGAAGUCGUGCAAUGCUUCAUAAUUCGACUAUCUAGACAUACUCUGAACGGUCCGGUCUUUCCAUACGUGUCCAAGGGCACGCACAAUGUUGUCAGUCGGACACCAGAGCAGACGACUGCAAGGUUCUGCCAGGUUGAUAACCGGCGCUCGAAGCCAGUUGCUCCUCAACCCAUUGCACACACGCUCGAUCGCAAGCCCAAGACUCCAUGUUCGACACGCGCUCGCAACCCCGAAGAUAACCAACGCGCACGCACGAUUUCGGUUCGACUCAGUCCACCAACGACAGUUCGUCCGAUAUCUGUCUGACGUUCCGGUCCCGCGACAGAGGUCCAGGGCCUGGAUAAUCGCAUACAGAGCUGCUGCGUGGUUCGGCAGUUCCAUUGCUUUUGUUGGCUUGGGUGUCGUUGGCUUCUUCCUCUACGAUGCAUCAACGUACAAGGAGUCUGGCACACAUGAGGAGAUAGAUGUUGCACGGACGGCAUUAAAUCCUCGCCGGGGCGGGCCGAAGAACCUGCCUAUACUAGAGGCAUACCUCGAUGAUAACGAAAGUCCAACCGCAAGGGAGCGGAAGGAGAAACCAAGGCUUGUCAUAUUGGGGGGCGGUUGGGGUGGUGUUGCGAUUCUGAAAGAACUAAACCCUGAGGACUGGAACGUCACCGUGAUAUCUCCGGCAAAUUAUUUCCUUUUCACUCCUAUGCUACCUUCAGCGACGGUUGGCACUCUAGAGCUCAAAUCACUCGUUGAACCGAUUCGGAGGAUACUCCACAGGGUUGGCGGCCACUUCUUGCAUGCCAAUGCCGACGACGUGGACUUCAGUCACAAGCUGGUCGAGGUAUCGCAAAAAGAUUCAUCCGGAAAUCUGCAAAGGUUUUACGUGCCCUACGACAAACUUGUGGUUGCAGUUGGGUCCAGCACCAAUCCACACGGAGUGAAGGGUCUCGAGAAUUGUUUCUUUCUCAAGGACAUUCGAGAUGCCAGGAAGAUCAGGAAUCAAAUUGUCCAGAACUUAGAACUGGCAUGUCUCCCUAGCACCUCAGACGAGGAGAGGAAGCGCCUUCUGUCAUUCGUGGUCAGCGGCGGUGGACCGACAGGUGUCGAGUUUGCGGCUGAACUGUUUGACCUCCUCAACGAGGAUCUUACGCUUCACUUCCCGAAGCUGCUGCGUAACGAGAUCUCGGUUCACGUCAUACAGUCGAGAGGCCACAUUCUGAACACAUACGAUGAAACAGUUUCCAAGUAUGCGGAGGAAAGGUUUGCAAGGGAUCAAGUCGAUGUUCUCACGAACUCUCGAGUUUCCGAGGUGAAGAAGGAUCGAAUCAUAUUCACCCAGAAAGGGCCGGACGGAAAGUUGAUUACCAAGGAGCUUCCCAUGGGCUUCUGUCUUUGGUCUACUGGCGUAUCACAAACGGAAUUUUCCAAGAAAAUAGCAGAGCGGCUUGGCGAAGCCCAAGGUAACAGACAUGCUCUAGAAACAGACAGUCACUUGAGACUUCUGGGCACUCCCCUCGGCGAUGUGUACGCUAUCGGAGACUGUAGCACAGUCCAGAACAACGUAGCAGAUCACAUCAUCACCUUCCUGCAAGCAUAUUCAUGGAAGCACGGCAAGGAUCCCCAGACCCUCCAGCUCCAUUUUAGCGACUGGCGGAAUGUGGCGGCCGAUGUCAAGAAGCGCUUCCCCCAAGCUGCAAGUCAUCUGAAGCGACUUGAUAAGCUUUUUGCGGAAUUCGACAAAGACCAGAGUGGAACCCUCGACUUUGGCGAGCUUCGAGAGCUCCUGAGACAAAUCGACUCGAAACUAACCUCGCUUCCGGCCACAGCCCAGCGUGCACACCAACAGGGACAGUAUCUAGCUCACAAGCUCAACAAAUUGGCACGGGCCGCCCCGGGACUGCGGGCGAAUGACAUAAUGGACGGCGACGUCGAUGCGGCAGUUUACAAGGCAUUUGAGUACAAGCACCUAGGAAGCUUGGCUUAUAUUGGCAACUCGGCCGUUUUUGACUGGGGCGAGGGCUGGUCUCUGACCGGUGGCUUGUGGGCAGUCUACGCCUGGCGCAGUGUCUACUUUGCCCAGAGCGUCAGCUUUAGAACCCGGAUGCUCCUUGCCAUGGACUGGCUUAAGCGUGGUCUCUUUGGUAGAGAUUUGAUGGCGUAUUAAAACAAAGCCAUGGCCCACCGGGCCCAACAGCCAUGUCCAUUGGACAUUUAGCUACGUAUUCUUAAAGCUUUUAGCUGUUGCCAUCAGAUAUUCGUCGGGUGCUCGAAUUAUGUUUGAGGAAGACAGACUCAACGAAGAGUUUACCUAGACUUGUUCGAAGACUGAAUCUACAAUUGACCUCGGGGGUUCUCUUCAAACGUCUUGGUGCGCAGGAAUUAAUAUUUGGAGGUUUCGGUAGCGGUUUCUUUUGUUUGUUGUUUCGUUGAUUUACUUUCGAAAUAUACUACAUCCUGCUCCACUAUGACAUGACCAAGACCAAGUUAAAUAACAACAAAACCUACCGCUUGAAUGCCACCGACGCAUAGGUACUUAUCAUUGCACUGCUCAGUAUUGUAUAUAUGGAAUAAACUCGUUCCAAGUGCUGAUACAUGCUUGAC